GCAGCCCUUACCACGAUUCAGGCAUUUCAUUGGGCGCUUCCUGGUCCUCCUUCCUUUUCCACAUCUCUGAGCGAGCCGACGCCAAGAUGAAUGACACAGUAACAAUCAGGACCAGGAAGUUUAUGACAAACCGCCUGCUUCAGAGGAAGCAGAUGGUUGUUGAUGUCCUGCAUCCUGGCAAAGCAACAGUCCCCAAGACUGAGGUCAGGGAGAAGCUUGCCAAACUGUACAAGACCACCCCUGAUGUAGUGUUCGUCUUCGGCUUCAAGACUCAAUUUGGUGGUGGCAAGACGACCGGCUUUGCCAUGGUCUACGACUCGUUGGACUACGCUAAGAAGAAUGAGCCCAAAUACAGAUUGACCAGGCACGGACUGUACGAGAAAAAGAAGACUUCCAGAAAACAGCGCAAGGAACGCAAGAACAGAAUGAAGAAGGUCCGGGGAACCAAAAAAGCAUCUGUUGGUGCUGCUGGCAAGAAGAAAUGAGGUGUCUUUCCAGGUAGAUCGGAGUUGGCAUGGUGUGCUGGUUGUUGCACAAUUAUGUCAAUUAUUUCACAAUUAUUUAAAUCAAAGCUUUGCAUGUGUAUUAUCCCUUUACUAGUUCCAGCAAUGUUUUGAAGAGAUGUUAGUCAUGUUUUGUCAUGUUCCUCCAUAUAGUAUACUCUAGUUGGCUGUGUUAAAACACAGCGACAUCAACGAUAACGGCAACAUUAUAAAUGUCCUUGUGUUGUUCACUGACUAAACAGAACACAAGUUCAUAGCGUGAUCUAUUUACUCUUUGUGUGUGAACUCAUGGGUUGAAUUUGAAGAAGUGAGGCAGAUUAACAAGCCACUGAAUUUUAUGGCUUCUCACAACUUACCCCAUCUUGUACUGUUCCCACUUUUCCCAAGACUUAACCCAUCUUGUACUGUUCCCACUUUUCCCAAGACUUACCCCAUCUCGUAUUGUUCCCACUUUUCUCAAGACUUACCCCAUCUUGUACUGUUCCCACUUUUCUCAAGACUUACCCCAUCUUGUGCUGUUCCCACUUCUCAAGCUUGGAGUGUUCUCACUUGCACUGGUUUUAGACUUCCAGAAUGUGAACUGGAAAUCUUUCAAAUGUAUUUGUAGUUUUGUAUGUUAACCAGAUCCUGACUUUCCCCUUGUGUUGUCUGUAGUUAUCCCUGGCUAGUUCCCCUACCUCAGCAGUAGUGGAUUUGCUGGUAGAUUGGUUUCUUUUGUAUUUGCUAUUGCAUACCUAACAAGUGUUUUUUUUCUCUCUCUCUCUCUCUACAGUGAGACCGUCAAGGGAAUCGACCAUCCUGAAAAUGUUCUUGUAUAUUGUCAUCAAAUAAAAAAAGAAAAUUUCAUAA